AUGGACCCCCACUCAAAAUCCGCGUAGCUGGCAUGGAACUGGAAGUUGAAUUGUUUCUUUUUCCAGUUGAUUCCAACCGCGAAGCCAGAGAUUUUAGGGGUGUAUUUCCGAGUGGCGGGGUAUUCUGCAAUUACUCCGAAACAAAAUUUGACUACAGCACUUUUCUCCUUGGAUAAGCAAUGUGCUUCUUAGGAGUCUACACAUCAAGCAUCAAGUUGAACAAUUGCUGCAUGCUGUACAGUGUAGUGCAGGACAGUUGGCUCUUCUUAACUUCUUUGCAUAAUGGAAGAAAUACAUGAAAAUGUAAGCAACAGCUCCAUGGUCAAAUAUUCUUCAACCAUCAUGCCGGGCCAUGGCACAUCGUCAUCAUGGACAGUAAAGGCACUUCUCCACCAGCACCUAGUACUCAAAAAUGGACAUGGAGCCAGUGGCAUUCUGAUGGACCAGUACUUCAGACGGGUAGCCAGCAAUCUCAGCCAUGAUAGGCAGAAACAGAGUGAGGAACGACUCGGUUGUGAGACCUGUGAUAAAUCUUUUACUUCACAAAGUGAUCUUCGGGCCCAUCAGAGGGUUCACAAGGGUAAGAAACGCUUCGUUUGCAAGACCUGUGGUAAAGCCUUUACUAAACCAAGUCUUCUUCGAGAUCACGACAGAGUUCACACUGGUGAGAAACCAUACAUUUGUGAGACCUGUGGGAAAGCUUUUGCUCAGCAAUCUACAUUAAAAAAACAUAAAAGGGUACACGAUGGCGAGAAAGCAUUUGUUUGUGAGACUUGCGGCCGAGCCUUCUCUCAUGGAGGGGCUCUACGGAAUCAUGAGAGACUGCACACUGGCAAGAAACCAUAUAUUUGUGAGACCUGUGGGAAAGCCUUUACUCAGCAAACUGGUCUCCUCAAACAUGACAGGGUGCACACUGGCGAGAAACCAUUCGUUUGUGAGACCUGUGGGAAAGCCUUUGCUCAGAAGUAUGCUCUGCGACUGCAUGACCGGGUACACACUGGUGAGAAACCCUUCGUUUGUCAAAUCUGUGGUAAAGCGUUUCCUCUGCAAAUCCAUCUAGACAACCAUGAGAGAGUGCACACUGGUGAGAAACCGUUUGUUUGUGAGACCUGUGGUAAAGCUUUCCCUCAGCAAGGUGCUCUCCGAGACCAUGAGAGACUGCACACUGGCGAGAAACCAUUCGUUUGUGAGACUUGCGGUAAAGCCUUUACUCAGCAAAAUGGACUGCUUCGGCAUGGCAGAGUACACACUGAUGUAGCCAGCAACCUCGCCCAUGGAAGGCUGCACCCGGGUGAGAGACCAUUCGUUUGUGAGACCUGUGGUAAAGCCUUUGCUCAGCGAAGUCUUCUGCGUCAGCAUGAACGUGUACACACUGUCGAGAAACCCUUCGUUUGUAAAAUCUGUGGUAAAGCGUUUCCUCUGCAAACCCUUCUAGACAACCAUGAGAGACUGCACACUGUCGACAAACCAUUCGUUUGUGAGACCUGUGGUAAAGCCUUUACUCGGCAAAAUGAUCUAAACAAACAUAAGAGGGUACAUGCUGGCGAGAAACCAUUCGUUUGUGAGACCUGUGGUAAAGCCUUUACUCAGCAAAAUGGACUGCUUCGGCAUGGCAGAGUACACACUGAUGUUGCCAGUGGGAUUCUGAUGGACCAGUACUUCAGACGGGUAGCCAGCAAUCACGGUCAUGAUAGGCUGCAACAGAGUGAGGAACCAUUCGGUUGUGAGACCUGUGAUAAAUCUUUUACUUCACAAAGUGAUCUUCGGGCCCAUCAGAGGGUGCACAAGGGUGAGAAACGCUUCGUUUGCAAGACCUGUGGUAAAGCCUUUACUAAACCAAGUAUUCUUCGAAUUCACGACAGAGUUCACACUGGUGAGAAACCAAACAUUUGUGAGACCUGUGGGAAAGCCUUUGGCAAGCAAUCUACUCUAAAACGACAUGAAAUGGUACACAGUGGCGAGAAACCGUUUGUUUGUGAGACUUGCGGCCGAGCCUUCUCUCAUAGUGGGGCUCUACGGAAUCAUGAGAGACUGCACACUGGCGAGAAACCAUUUGUUUGUGAGACCUGUGGGAAAGCCUUUACUCAGCAAACUGGUCUCCUCAAACAUGACAGGGUGCACACUGGCGAGAAACCAUUUGUUUGUGAGACCUGUGGGAAAGCCUUUGCUCAGAAGUAUGCUCUGCGUCUGCAUGACCGGAUACACACUGGCGAGAAACCCUUCGUUUGUAAAAUCUGUGGUAAAGCGUUUCCUCUGCAAAUCCAUCUAGACAACCAUGAGAGACUGCACACUGGUGAGAAACCGUUUGUUUGUGAGACCUGUGGUAAAGCCUUCCCUCAGCAAAGUACUCUCCGAGACCAUGAGAGACUGCACACUGGCGAGAAACCAUUCGUUUGUGAGACUUGCGGUAAAGCCUUUACUCAGCAAAAUGGACUGCUUCGGCAUGGCAGAGUACACACUGAUGUAGCCAGCAACCUCGCCCAUGGAAGGCUGCACCCGGGUGAGAGACCAUUCGUUUGUGAGACCUGUGGUAAAGCCUUUGCUCAGCGAAGUCUUCUGCGUCAGCAUGAACGUGUACACACUGUCGAGAAACCCUUCGUUUGUAAAAUCUGUGGUAAAGCGUUUCCUCUGCAAAUCCAUCUAGACAACCAUGAGAGACUGCACACUGUCGACAAACCAUUCGUUUGUGAGACCUGUGGUAAAGCCUUUACUCGGCAAAAUGGUCUAAACAAACAUAAGAGGGUACAUGCUGGCGAGAAACCAUUCGUUUGUGAGACCUGUGGUAAAGCCUUUACUCAGCAAAAUGGACUGCUUCGGCAUGGCAGAGUACACACUGAUGUUGCCAGUGGGAUUCUGAUGGACCAGUACUUCAGACGGGUAGCCAGCAAUCACAGUCAUGAUAGGCUGAAACAGAGUGAGGAACCAUUCGGUUGUGAGACCUGUGAUAAAUCUUUUACUUCACAAAGUGAUCUUCGGGCCCAUCAGAGGGUGCACAAGUGUAAGAAACGCUUCGUUUGCAAGACCUGUGGUAAAGCCUUUACUAAACCAAGUCUUCUUCGAAUUCACGACAGAGUUCACACUGGUGAGAAACCAUACAUUUGUGAGACCUGUGGGAAAGCCUUUGGCAAGCAAUCUACUCUAAAACGACAUGAAAUGGUACACAGUGGUGAGAAACCGUUUGUUUGUGAGACUUGCGGCCGAGCCUUCUCUCAUAGUGGGGCUCUACGGAAUCAUGAGAGACUGCACACUGGUGAGAAACCAUAUGUUUGUGAGACCUGUGGGAAAGCCUUUACUCAGCAAACUGGUCUCCUCAAACAUGACAGGGUGCACACUGGCGAGAAACCAUUCGUUUGUGAGACCUGUGGGAAAGCCUUUGCUCAGAAGUAUGCUCUGCGUCUGCAUGACCGGGUACACACUGGCGAGAAACCCUUCGUUUGUAAAAUCUGUGGUAAAGCGUUUCCUCUGCAAAUCCAUCUAGACAACCAUGAGAGACUGCACACUGGUGAGAAACCGUUUGUUUGUGAGACCUGUGGUAAAGCCUUCCCUCAGCAAAGUACUCUCCGAGACCAUGAGAGACUGCACACUGGCGAGAAACCAUUCGUUUGUGAGACCUGUGGUAAAGCCUUUACUCGGCAAAGUGGACUGCUUCAGCAUGGCAGAGUACACACUGAGGUAGCCAGCAACCUCCCCCAUGGAAGGCUACACACGGGUAAGAGACCAUUCGUUUGUGAGACCUGUGGGAAAGCCUUUGCUCAGCGAAGUCUUCUGCUUCAGCAUGACAGACUGCACACUGGCGAGAAACCAUUUGUUUGCGAGACCUGUGGUAAAGCCUUUGCUCAGCAAAGUUGUCUAUACAUACAUAAGAAGAAUCACACUGGUGAGAAACCAUUCGAAUGUGAGACCUGUGGUAAAGCCUUUACUCAGCGAGGUGGCCUGCUUCAGCAUAGCAGGGUUCACACUGGCGAGAAACCAUUCAUUUGUGCAACCUGUGGUAAAGCCUUUGCCCAGAAAAUUGGUCUGCUUCAGCAUGACAGACUGCACACUGGCGAGAAACCAUUUGUUUGCGAGACCUGUGGUAAAGCCUUUGCUCAGCAAAGUUGUCUAUACAUACAUAAGAGUAAUCACACUGGUGAGAAACCAUUCGAAUGUGAGACCUGUGGUAAAGCCUUUACUCAGCGAGGUGGCCUGCUUCAGCAUAGCAGGGUUCACACUGGCGAGAAACCAUUUGUUUGUGAGACUUGUGGUAAAGCCUUUACUCAGCGAGGUAGCCUGCUUCAGCAUAGCAGCAGGGUACACACUGCUAUGCAUGUGUAACCGUGAAAAAUGACACACUUGGGGGAACUCGCACAAACUAAGACUCUAUGGGGAUUAACUAACAAAACUAAACUAAACUCAGGAUCUUUGAAGGGAAAAGUCGCGAGGAAAUUGAAUUAAUAGAGACCAGAGACGAAUUCUAGAUUUCGAACAAAAAAAGGACCAAAAAGGAUUUAUUCACAAGAACCUUAAACCAAAAACCAGAAACUAAAAGCAAAGAAUAAAACCUAAAAACCAAAGACUAAAACCAAAAAAAAACCAAGAAAUUGAGACUUAAACCCUAAAAUCAAAAACCAACACAGUGUGAAUAGUGGAUCUUUCAAAGAACACUCAAGCAGGAAUAAAGUCUGACACAAAUGACUCAAGCAGACAGAGCUCAAACAGGACAGGCUCUCCAGUUAGGAGGAACAUAUAAAUACUAUGAAGUUGUCUCUGUUGGUCUGCUGGUUGAACUAAAGUGUGGCUUGACCAUGUGGCAGCUUAUAUAGGGGGAACAUGUGGGCUAAAGUAAACAACCAGGGGGACACACUACCAAGAAAAGGGGGGGGGGAAUUUUAAGUAAAACUAAAAUGAUUUUUUUUGUUCUAAAGGGGAGCUACUCCUAUAUACUAUACACUACAUACAUGAAAAAUAUACAAGAUAAAUUUGGCCCUGCCACACUUGCAAGAUAAAAAUCGUUGUAAAAAGUGCUACUGCUCAUUUGGUGACAAAUGUAUCAGCAAAAGAGUCGAGAAGAAUCCAUCAUUGGAAAUCUGCCGUCUUGGAAAAAAAAAGCUGCCACCUCCCUUUAAAAACAAAUCAAGACAAGAAACUAUUUUUUUUGUUUUUGUUAAUGACUCUUUUGGAUGCAAAUGUAUCAGCAGAAGAGACAAGAAAAUGGAAGAAUAUAUCUCUCCGAAAAUCUGCCAUCUUGAAAAAAAGGCAUUGCCUUUUUCAAAAAGCCUGGACAAGGAACUACACUGUAUUGUGUUUUUUACUCAGCUUAAUUUUUUCAACUUGGUUUAAUAAUGAUCAUGUCUUUACUCUAGCUCCCAGGGGCAGAUCCAGGAAUUUUUGCGGG